AUGACUUCAGUUUCAUCCCAAUUGGUCUUAGUCCUCAUUUCACUGCUUCUGGUGUUGCCUGUUGUGGAAGCAGUGGAAGCUGUAGAUCCAACUGCUCUCUUGUUAGGUGUGGUUCUCAGUCUUACAGGCAUUUGUGGUUGCUUGAGGGUAUAUGCACGGAAGAGAAAUGGACAGACGUGA